AUGUCCCCUCAUAACAGUCGCCCUUCCACCAAGGCAUUGCACGCCGACGAUGCUCUAAAUCUAGUGGCUGAUGUCGCCCCACCAAUGCAUCUAUCAACCACUUUCAGAUACCCCAACGAUCCAGCCCAGCUCGUCCCAUCUGAAGAUCCGGUGGAUGAAUUCAACGGCAAGAACUAUGUCUAUUCCCGUGAAUUCGCCCCAAACCCAACCCGCUUCGAGGCAAUCCUCUCCUCUCUCCUGAGGGGCAACGCAGUAAGCUACUCAAGCGGGCUAGCAGCACUGCACGCCGCCCUAACACUGCUUAACCCGCGCCGCGUCUCCGUCGGUGAGGGAUACCACGGCAGCCACGAGGUCAUCGCCGUGAUAUCCCGUCUCUCCGGGCUACAAAAGCUUGCGCUGGACUGCCCCGCCGAAAGCCUGGACGCAGGCGACGUCAUUCUUCUCGAGACGCCUGUCAACCCGCUCGGCACGGCAUACAGCAUCGAGGAAUACGCCCGCAAAGCCCAUUCACGCGGCGCAUUCCUUAUUGUCGAUAGCACCUUUGCGCCGCCCGGCUUGCAAGAUCCUUUCCUCUGGGGCGCGGAUAUUGUCAUGCAUUCUGGAUCGAAGUAUUUUGGCGGACAUAGUGAUCUGCUCUGUGGUGUGCUUGCCACGAAGCGUGCCGAUUGGACGUCGCAGCUGUUUGAGGAUAGGUUUGCGCUUGGAAGUGUUAUGGGUGGGAUGGAGAGCUGGCUUGGAGUCCGGAGUCUGCGCACGCUGGAGGUAAGGGUCCAACGCGCGAGCCUGAACUCGACGAAGUUGAUUGCAUGGCUUCAUGGUGCUAUGCAGGUUUCGUCUGCUGCUGCGGGUAGUGACGAGUUGCUGGUUCAAUCGGUUGUGCAGAAGAUCUAUCAUGCUAGUCUGCAGGAUGAGCCAUGGUUGCAGAAGCAAAUGCCAAAUGGGUUUGGGCCGGUCUUCUCUAUCGUCUUGCACAGUGAGGACUUUGCAAAGGUGUUGCCGACCAAGCUCGGAUUCUUUCAGCAUGCUACGAGCCUGGGAGGAGUAGAGUCGUUGAUUGAGUGGCGGGCCCUGUCAGAUUCGAGGGUUGACAGAAAGCUGCUGAGGUUGAGCAUUGGCCUGGAGCAUUGGGAGGAUCUCAAGGAUGACUUGCUCCAGGCAUUCAAGUCGCUUCUAGGAUGA